AUGGCUGUGGAUGAUGGCAACUUGGAUAUUGGAGACCUUCAAGAUCUUAUUUCGAAUAACAUAGAGAAAGAAUAUUCUAGUUGGUUAGGCCUAAGCAAUUUCAAUGACGUGCCAACGAGCCAACUUUAUGUCCCACCUCAUUCAAUACAUGAAAUGGAAUUGGAAUGGUUUCCAAGUUCCCCUGAUGAUUUUAUAUCUUUGAAUGAUGUGGGGCUGCUGCCAGGGUACCAAACCUAUUUUGCCAAUCACAAGCAACACGAGGAGGUUGAAGCAAAGCAUCUAACUAAGGAGCCUAAUUUGAAUCAUAAAAAAGAUGGGAUUGAAUCAUUGUUGCAAGGUUUUGUUGGGUUUACAAGGAAGAAAAGAAGGACGAAACAUUAUCAGAAGCCAAAAUGGAGAGUGACAUGGGUUAAAAAGAGGUGUAGUCAUUGCCAAGCAGAAGAGACCCCCCAAUGGAGAGAAGGGCCUAAAGGGCCGAAGACAUUGUGCAAUGCUUGUGGGGUGCGGUUCAAGUCAGGAAGGCUAGUGACUGAGUAUCGUCCAGCAACUAGUCCUACCUUUGAUAGUCACAAGCAUUCUAAUUACCAUAAAAAGAUACUCAAAUACCGAUCUACAACUUAA